UUUUGAUUUGUUCGAAAUGCACCCUGCAGUUUUUCCUCUACAGGUACACUUGCCUGACAUGCAGACGGUUCAUGUUUUCCCUCAUGAAAGGCUCCGUGCAGUUGUUUCAGAUUCAAAGCGGUCAAGAACUCAAUUAACAGAAUUUUUUGCAAUGAAUGUUGCAUCCGAACUUGGGCUGGGGUAUUUGUAUGGCGAGUUUUGUGAACACUACACAUGGCAUCAAGGUGACAAAAAAUGGAAGCAAAGAGUUCAGAAACCGAAUUUCAGUUGGUAGAUUAGCGUUUGUCUUUCCUGCAGAAGGUGAACGGUUUUUCCUUAGACUUUUAUUGUUAAAUGUAAGGAGUCCUAAAUCGUUUGAGGAUUUACAUACUGUCAAUGGUUGUCUCCUUCCAAAUUUUCAGGAAGCUGCUCUAAAGCUUGGUCUUAUAGAGGAUGAUGAUGCAGCUAAUUCAACCAUGUCUGAGGCAUGCGAAACUCAUAUGCCUGCUGCUUUACGGCAUCUUUUUGCUACAGUCUUGAUGUUUUGUCAGCCACGCGAUCCUCUUGCUUUAUGGAAUGCCUACUACACUUUUCUUGCUGAAGAUUUUUCUCACAGAUUUCCGAAUCAGAUGGUGAAAAUACAGCAACUUAUUGUUAGAUCAAUAGAACAGCAUCUGAAGCAAUGGGCAAAUCUCUUUCUUUUUUUGGUUUGGACCAACUAAUUUCUCAGGUCAGUGAUGAGUUCGGACGUACCAAAGAUAUUGUUGAUGCUCUUGAUGCACCCAUUCCAGAGGAAUGCUUAAGCUGUCGUUCAAAGCUCAACUUUGCACAGAAUAGUGCUUUUGAGUGUAUUAUGGAUCAUGUCAAGCAGCACAAAGGGGGCGCGUUCUUUGUUGAUGGCCCUGGAGGUACAGGUAAAACUUUUCUUUACAAUGCUCUAUAUACAGAAAUACGACAAAUGAACAAGAUUGUAUUACCGACAGCUACAUCAGGCAUUGCUGCAACAAAUAUUCCUUCUGGUCGAACUGCUCAUUCUCGAUUCAAAAAUUUCGAUUGAUAGUGAAAAUUCAUUGAUUUGUGAUGUCCCAAAGCAAGGUAGCUUAGCAGCAGUUUUGAAGGAAACAACAUUGAUUAUAUGGGAUGAGGCUUCUAUGGCUAAAAAGCAAAAUCUAGAAUCCUUAGACCUUUUGCUGCAGGAUGUAUGUGGGAAUAAGGUCAUAUUUGGAGGAAAAGUUGUCGUCUUUGGAGGGGAUUUUAGGCAAGUCUUGCCAGUAGUUCCACAAAAAACUAUGAAGGAAACAGUAGAAGCAAGCAUUGUAACUUCUUAUUUGUGGCCCAAACUAACCAAAUUUAGGUUAACAGAAAAUAUAAGAGCAAGAGAGGAUCCAACCUAUGCUGCUUUUCUGCUUGCUUUAGGCAAUGGCAAGUUGCAACAAACAGAGAAUGCUUUCAUUCAGUUACCACAACAGAUUGUGGAAUCUACCAGCGAUGCCACGGAGUUAGUGAGUACUGUUGUAAAAACAACAUUCCCAGAAAUGGUCCAUGGCCACUUUGAUAGUCAGGUUUUCACUCAAAAGGCAAUAUUGACACCCAUGAAUGAAGAUGUGGAUGCGGUUAAUACAUUCAUGAUAGAUAAAUUUCCUGGUCAGGAUGUUACGUACAAGAGUUUUGAUGUCGUUCUGAAUGACACCUGCAGUGUAUAUCCUACAGAAUUUAUCAAUAAAUUAUGUCCCGGAGGAAUGAGUCCACAUGAGCUCGUACUAAAGGAAAAUUGUCCUGUAAUAUUGUUACGGAAUUUGCUGCCGUCUUCGGGUCUAUGCAAUGGUACGAGGCUUAUCUGCAAAAAAAAUUUCCCUAACGUGAUUCAGUGUGCUAUAGCAGUUGGCCAUUACAAAGGAGAAGAGAUAUUCAUACAUAGAAUUAAUUUAAGGCCCUCUAGCUCUACGAACUAUCCAUUUUUGUUUGAAAGGAAGCAGUUCCCUAUAAAGUUAAGUUUUGCAAUGACGAUUAAUAAGUCACAGGGGCAGACUCUCAGUCAAGUAUCCAUUUACCUUCCACGACCAUGUUUUUCCCAUGGCCAACUCUAUGUUGCACUAUCACGGACUAAGAAAUCAAAAGAUGUUCGUGUCUUUACAGCAGGCACUACAUCUCAGUGUUCUGCAAAUGAAGUGAAGAAUGUAGUGUCUUAUGAUCUUUUACAUCUAGCAGGCAUAACUGAAAGUGAGGCUCAACAAUAUACCUAAUUUGCUCCCUUGCUGAAGACAAACCUAAAGCAAUCUAGGCUGCUAUUAGUGACUUCUUAUAGAUUGGACCAGUUUCCAGUUCAUGGUUGCCCUUGAUAGCAGGACAAUACAAUGAAUACACCUCCAAAAAUGAAGCUGGAACCAGUGUACUUGGACGAGCUAACUACUCAAAGUAAGGACUACAAGGUGAAAGUCACGGUCACUGAAAAAAGAAGAGCUCAGCCUUCACCUAAAAAACCUGGUGUGAUCUUUCAGACCAUCAUCUUAGAGGAUGAGAAGAAAAACAGAAUGCGAUGUGCUCUAUUUGGAGAUCAAAUUGAAGCAUACGAAGAGGUCUUUAAGCCGUCUGGUCAGUACGAAAUUUCUAAGGCUCCUAUAACUGCUGUAGAUGAUCAGUACAAAUUCAAUCUGGAAGAACUUCCAUACCAGAUGACCGUUGGACACCAAACUAUUAUUCAGCGUCUCAAUCCUGAAAGCGGACCAAUUGAACCGAAGUAUCAGCCUCUCUCAACUAUUCCUAGAUCACCUGAUCCAAAUGGCAGAUAUGAUGUAGUUGGUGUAGUUCUUUUCGUUGAAGAAGCACCAAGGAUGAUACCUAAUGCAAGGGGUCGUGACAGUCCAGUUCGAGAAGUAUCUCUCACUGACACAAGCCAAGACCAUGCUAUGACAAUCUCAACAUGGAACGAUCUCACUGGGAAACCUUGUGAUGCUAUGAACAACUGGGCUGAGAAAUUCAAUGUUGUAGGCUUUACUGCACUCAAAACCCGUCACACAAGAGGGUUCACUUUGAAUACAACCAUGUCAACUAGAAUAAUCAUGAAUCCUAAGGGAGCAAGGGUAGAUAUGCUUCGAGAAUGGGUUAAAUUGUAUCAGCAUGUUCUACUAGACAGACAGGAAAGAAUUUUGAAUGUAAGAUAUCCAAGCGCAGAAAAGAAAGUAGUGACGAUAGCUGAACUAAGAAGCAAAAAGGCAGCUAAUGCAACUCCUGAUGAAGUUGCUUGGAUCAGAGUUACAAUACCAGAGGUUGAUCUGCAGCGAGUGAAUGCCUAUAUAGGCUGCCUUGGCUGUGGAAAAUGGAUACAUCUUGCACUUGGGACUCGGUUCCCUUGCAUUUCUUGCAAGAAAGCAGACACCGUAGCUGUACACAAAGUUACAUUUAAGUUUGAAGUUGUUGAUGACAGUGGGACAAUGUCGUUUACUACUUUUAGUGAUGAUACGGAGAAGAUUUUUUGAAAGACAGCAGCAGAAAUCUGGGAUAUCAAAGCCACUGGGAAUGUCGAAGCUUUUAAGGUUGUUCAGGGCAUACUAGCAACAAAGCCUUUCUUCAUUCAGGUAACUCCGACUCUGGAGUUAGCCAGGAACAACGUUCUCUUGUGGACUCUGAAGACUGUUGAAAUAGAUGAUGCAGAACCACAGGCCCAUGUUCUAGACUCAUCGUCUUCGCAGCUUAACAAAGAACAGCCAGCCUUCAGAACAGAAAAAAGGCACACAGCAGCCCGACCACUGAUGCACGAGAGUCCAGCUUCUGCCUGUACUAAGGCUCUUGCCAAAGGAGUUGCUGUUUCAGACCCACAGGUAGUUGUUGAUUACAGUCAGGACAACACAGAGGCAAGUGAUGAGGUCCUUGCUGAAAUUGCUCAGUUCCAUGAAUUCAGACUAGCUUCUCAAGCAUUCGAUGCAGACUGCUUUGAUGUUCCAGUGUAGCCACCAAGCAAAGGGAUUACAAUUUUAGAACCAGUGGCAUCAAAUGCUGAGCUCCCUACAUGGAACACCCUUGCUCGCACCCGCAGUAAUGUCAAGAACAAACAACCAGCGCCUGUUGAAGAGAUGUUAGAAUCAGAUGAUGAAGAUCAGGUUCCGAGAAAGAAACUCAGAACAACCCUUUUCAAAGACACUUGAGAAAAGGACAAGGCAGAGAACAAAGAAACUCCUUGAAACCUCUUUGAUGAACCAUGAACUAAGUUAACUUUAAAAAUAUUAGAGUAUAUUAGUUGUUGCUAUUUAAAUAGUAGUAUUAAUCAAGUAUUAUGGUAUCAUGCUUUACUUAGUCUGAAGUACCUUUUGAGUGUUUAGAAGGAACAUUUUGGGCAUCUUUUGUUCCCUAUAAACAUCAAGUAUUGUAUAUAGUGCUAGAAAUAUGCAGUGAUGUCUACUUUAUGAUAAUAUCUAAGGAAUAGUCCUAUAGUAGAACUGGAAUCUUUUGGUGUGUAUAUAGAAAUGCUAAGGUAUCUAUGAUGUAUCACAUUGUAUCCUUAAAUCAGGAAACUUAUCUAUA